AUGAUUCUCCUGUUAAAGCUAUCGACAAUUUUAUGUCUGUGGCACAUUAGUAGUUUCCCAGUCAGUGGUGUUACAUUAAGCCAGCUUAGGAGUAUUUUAUUUGGAAACAACAUGUUGCUUCAAUACAACAAAAGUAGCUUUCUAAGCGCUACUUUGAAAGGAAAAGCCAAGAAAUGGAAGGACAAAGCUGGGUAUAACAAGAAGAAAGCAGAUAAAGUUAUUAAACAUUGGAAAAAGGCUGUUAAACAUGGUAAACACUACAGAAGACGCAAAUCAAUAGGAAGCUCAUCAUCUUCAAGCAGUUCAACAACAUCUUAUGAUAGAAGAAAGCACGUUGCAUUUCCAGGAAUAGCAAAUUUAGAAGAUUCAGGUUGCAGUAGUUCAAGUUACAGUGGCAGAAGAAGACAUAGGAGGCAUCAUAGUUCAUCAACAGCAAGCAGUUGUGUUGAUAAUACGAUUGAAACACUCUUCCCUAAGAAAGGUCGUCCAUUACCAAAGAGAGAUGACGUCUACUUUCUUGAUGAGAAAGGUGGAAUGAAGAAAUCAUAUGGGCCAUUCAAAGAUGAUGAAAGUAGUCCAUUUUACUAUCCAGGAUUACACCAAUUAGAUGGUAAAAUAGGAAAGAGAGUGUUAUCAGACCAGGAAUACAGGAUUCAUCCAUCAUUCAUGUCCAAAUUAGCAGAUGGAGGAUUCUAUGAACGUAGGGUGAUAAAACCAAAAGACGAGAAAGGAGCAGAUGUCGUAGAAGAGCGAUUUGGAUACUUUCCAAAGACAGGAGGUAACUCAAAUGAGUCAAAUGAGUCAGAUGAAUCGAGUGAAUAUCAACCAAAGAAGAAACGUAUGGGAUCCAAUCCUGAUAUGUCAAUAUUCAAUGCAUUUAUGCCUGGAUAUGAUAGUCAGGAAAGUGGCCCACAAAAUUAUCGAACGAUGCCUGGGCUUGAAGAGAGAAUUGGAAAACAAUUUGAAGAACUUAAAAAGUCACAAACUCAAAAUAGAGACGAAUGGAACAAGAAACACCAGGCACUAGGAAAUCGGUUAGACAAAUCAACCCAGAAGCUGCAAAGUGGUCUAGAUCACAAAAUAUUGAUGGAUUUGGGAUCAAGGGCAGAACAAUUACAGGACAAUAUUGAUAAAGAAAAUAACACCAAAGAAGUGGAAAAGAAGAAGAACGACUCAAAGUUCAAGAUCAUUGGCGGUGAAUAA